CCGCCGCCGCCGCCGCCGCCGCCGGGGCCUGGACUCUGGCUCACUUUGUCCCAGGCUCCGCUCCUCCUCCUUCUCCUCCUCCUCCUCUUCUUCCUCCUCCUCUUCCUCCUCCGAGCCGCCAGCUGCUUCCUAAAGCCAAGCAGGGUCCAGACCUGCCCGCGCUGCCACCCCUCCCCAGCCCGAGGGCGCGCUCACGGACACGCGCGCUCGCACACCCACGCGCGCACGGACAUCCACGCGCAGCUGGACUCGCGCGCGCACGGACAUCCACGGGCACUUGGACACGCGCGCGCACUCGUACCCACGCGCACCGGGACACGCGCGCCCCCGUGCCCCCGCCCCGCCCCCGGCGCGCACUCCCGGAUCUCGAGUCGUGCGUCGGGGAGACAACCCUGCUCGGCGAUUGGCGGGAGCCGGAGCCUCCCGGAGGCCGGCGCGCACACCAUGGGCUGAGCCCGUCGGCGCCCAGGGACUCAGUGCCGCCCGGCUCGGCGCCCACGGCCAGGCACGCGCGCGGGCGCACGCGGGCGCGGACACGCGCGGACACCCACGUGGGGGACACGCCCUCCCCCGACGGCGGCGCUCGCCUCCCGCGACAUCACGCUGACAGCCGGAAGCUGGCCCCCGUGGGAGGAAUUGUGCCACGGAAAUUGGUCGUGGCUACCGACUGGGGCUUUCUUUUCCGAAGAAGCAAACCAUACUUUUACCAGCACACCUCUGCUUCAGGCUUACAUUCUGAUAAUCAACUAUCAAGUAUUGUUGUUGCAAGAUCUUGGAAGACCCAAGAAAAAGCUGUGUCGACCAAAAGCAAGACAAAUGACUCACAGAGAAAAAAGAUGGGGGAGCCAAGGGCAAUUGAAGCUGCCUCGGGUUCUGAACGACUGGUAACUGCGCUGGCCUCCUGAAGGACAUGAUUCAGACUGUCCCAGACCCAGCAGCUCAUAUCAAGGAAGCGUUAUCGGUCGUGAGCGAGGACCAGUCAUUGUUUGAGUGCGCCUACGGCACGCCGCACCUGGCCAAGACCGACAUGACCGCGUCCUCCUCUGGCGACUAUGGACAGACAUCCAAGAUGAGCCCGCGCGUCCCUCAGCAGGACUGGCUGUCUCAACCCCCAGCCAGGGUCACCAUCAAGAUGGAAUGUAACCCUAACCAGGUGAACGGCUCAAGGAACUCCCCCGAUGAAUGCAGCAUGGCCAAAGGUGGGAAGAUGGUGAGCAGCCCGGACACUGUCGGGAUGAAUUAUGGCAGCUACAUGGAGGAGAAGCACAUGCCGCCCCCAAACAUGACCACGAACGAGCGCAGAGUCAUCGUCCCAGCAGAUCCUACGCUAUGGAGUACGGACCACGUCCGGCAGUGGCUGGAGUGGGCAGUGAAAGAAUACGGCCUCCCGGAUGUCGACAUUUUAUUGUUCCAGAAUAUCGACGGGAAGGAGCUGUGCAAGAUGACCAAAGAUGACUUUCAGAGGCUCACCCCGAGCUACAACGCUGACAUCCUUCUGUCACAUCUCCACUACCUCAGAGAGACACCUCUUCCACAUUUGACUUCAGAUGAUGUUGAUAAAGCCUUACAAAACUCUCCACGGUUAAUGCAUGCUAGAAACACAGGGGGUGCAGCUUUUAUUUUCCCAAAUACUUCAGUAUAUCCUGAAGCUACGCAAAGAAUUACAACUAGGCCAGAUUUACCUUACGAACCACCCAGGAGAUCAGCCUGGACCAGUCACGGCCACCCCACCCCCCAGUCAAAAGCUGCUCAGCCAUCUCCUUCCACAGUGCCCAAAACUGAAGACCAGCGUCCUCAGCUAGAUCCUUAUCAGAUUCUUGGACCCACAAGUAGCCGCCUUGCAAAUCCAGGGAGUGGGCAGAUCCAGCUGUGGCAGUUUCUCCUGGAGCUCCUGUCCGACAGCUCGAAUUCCAACUGCAUCACCUGGGAAGGCACCAACGGGGAGUUCAAGAUGACAGAUCCGGAUGAGGUGGCCCGGCGUUGGGGAGAACGGAAGAGCAAGCCCAACAUGAACUAUGAUAAACUCAGCCGGGCCCUCCGUUACUACUAUGACAAAAACAUCAUGACCAAAGUCCACGGGAAGCGCUACGCCUACAAGUUUGACUUCCACGGCAUCGCCCAGGCCCUCCAGCCCCACCCUCCGGAAUCCUCUCUGUACAAGUACCCCUCGGACCUCCCCUACAUGGGCUCCUAUCACACCCACCCGCAGAAGAUGAACUUUGUGGCCCCCCACCCUCCGGCCCUCCCUGUGACAUCGUCCAGUUUUUUCGCUGCCCCAAACCCAUACUGGAAUUCACCCACGGGAGGGAUCUACCCUAACACUCGGCUCCCAGCCAGCCACAUGCCUUCCCACCUGGGCACUUACUACUAAAGACCCGAGAGGGGCCUUUCCCAGCAACGUGCAGUCAGCAACCAAUUGCCACAAACUCUAUCGGAGACCAUGAAUCAGAAGUGCCUCAAGAGGAAUGAAAAAGCUUGACUGGGGCUGAGGGGGAGGAAGCCAGGGAAGAGACCCAGAGACUCUUAGUGGGAGGGAAUUACUAAAAUAUUACUACAGAGACAAGAGGAUGCUACAAAUGUAAUGUACAUGGGCAGAUCAUCUGUGGACCAACCUUGUAAAAGGCAUUGUAAGUAGAAGCAUGAAGUCAUGAGGAGAAAGUGCCAAAGAAAAUGUUCUGAAGAAGUGUAUAAACCUUAGAGUAGCCUUUGGAAUCCUGCUAACGCAUUCGACUGGGAUUAAACUCAAGCAAUAGAGGCAACACAGUCUGGACCUAACAUGCCAUUUCUAAUGUCAUUUGAAGGAAAACUACCCGUAUUUAAAAAGAGAAACAUAUCAAAAGCAGAAAAAAGA